CAGAACUGAGCUUUCUUCCGAGUCCGCGAGUCCUUGAGGUCGGAGGCAGCAGGGAGGCCAGCCGGGUCACUCCCGCUUGUCAUUGUGCAGAUGCUGAUUUUGAGCAGAUUUCAGCUGCCGCAGGGGCUCCUACCAUAGGAGUGGACGUUAAGGGCAAAUGGCUCUGAGCUGAGAUUUUUUUUUUUCAACUCUGGUCCUCAAUCCUAUUCCUAUUUCUUUGUCCAUGUUUCUCCAAAAGUUGCUUAACUCAGCUCCUGGCAACCUUUCCUUCCUCAACUCAUAAAUCAUGGUGCCCAGCUGCUCUGCUUCGGGGGUGCCAGGGAAUUGGGCAUCUGUGGACAGAGGCUUCUGGACCAGAGCUGAGAGCCCCAGACGAGCCGGCCACGGCUGAAGGCACAGCCUGUCGGUAGAAGCCGCUCCUCCACCCAGCCCUUCUUCCUGGGACCAGAGCGGGGACCUCAGGGUUUAAUCGCCGUUUGGCCCAGAGCUCCACCUGAGUUCAAUUUCGUACUGGAAUAGCUUUACAUUACACUCUGGUGGAAAAGGAGGUGAGCACCAGGCCCGCUAAGCCUCCGCAGAGCCACCAGCCAUGCCCGGGAUCGUGGUAUUCCGGCGGCGCUGGUCUGUGGGCAGCGAUGACCUCGUCCUGCCAGCCAUCUUCCUCUUCCUCCUGCACACCACCUGGUUUGUGAUCCUGUCCGUGGUGCUCUUCGGCCUGGUCUACAACCCGCACGAGGCCUGCUCCCUGAACCUGGUGGACCACGGCCGCGGCUACCUGGGCAUCCUGCUGAGCUGCAUGAUCGCCGAGAUGGCCAUCAUCUGGCUGAGCAUGCGCGGGGGCAUCCUGUACACGGAGCCCCGCGAGUCCAUGCAGUACGUGCUCUACGUGCGCCUGGCCAUCCUGGUGAUCGAGUUCAUCUAUGCCAUCGUGGGCAUCGUCUGGCUCACUCAGUACUACACCUCCUGCAACGACCUCACUGCCAAGAACGUCACCCUCGGGAUGGUUGUCUGCAACUGGGUGGUCAUACUCAGCGUCUGCAUCACCGUCCUCUGCGUCUUUGACCCCACGGGCCGCACCUUCGUCAAGCUGAGAGCCACCAAGAGAAGGCAGCGCAACCUGCGGACCUACAACCUGCGGCACCGCUUGGAGGAGGGUCAGGCCACCAGCUGGUCGCGCCGGCUCAAAGUGUUCCUCUGCUGCACCCGGACGAAAGACUCGCAGUCAGACGCCUACUCGGAAAUCGCCUACCUCUUUGCGGAGUUUUUUCGGGACCUGGACAUUGUGCCGUCUGACAUCAUCGCUGGCCUGGUGCUGCUCCGGCAGCGACAGCGGGCCAAGCGCAAUGCUGUGCUGGACGAGGCCAACAAUGACAUCUUGGCAUUCCUGUCGGGGAUGCCAGUGACGAGAAACACCAAGUACUUGGACCUCAAGAACUCGCAAGAGAUGCUCCGCUACAAAGAGGUCUGUUACUACAUGCUGUUCGCGCUGGCUGCCUACGGGUGGCCCAUGUACCUGAUGCGGAAGCCUGCCUGUGGCCUCUGUCAGCUGGCGCGGUCCUGCUCGUGCUGCCUGUGCCCCACGCGGCCCCGGUUUGCCCCUGGAGUUACCAUCGAGGAAGACAACUGCUGCGGCUGCAAUGCCAUUGCCAUCCGCCGCCACUUCCUAGAUGAGAACAUGACUGCCGUGGACAUCGUCUACACUUCCUGCCAUGACGCGGUAUAUGAAACCCCCUUCUAUGUGGCUGUGGACCAUGACAAGAAGAAGGUGGUGAUCAGUAUUCGGGGAACCCUGUCCCCCAAGGACGCCCUGACUGACCUGACUGGUGAUGCCGAGCGCCUCCCCGUAGAGGGACACCAUGGCACCUGGCUGGGACACAAGGGAAUGGUGCUUUCAGCUGAGUACAUCAAGAAGAAGUUGGAGCAGGAGAUGGUCCUAUCACAGGCCUUCGGGAGAGACCUGGGCCGUGGAACCAAACACUAUGGCCUGAUUGUGGUGGGCCACUCCCUGGGUGCAGGCACCGCCGCCAUCCUCUCCUUCCUCCUGCGCCCCCAGUACCCGACCCUCAAGUGCUUUGCCUACUCCCCACCAGGGGGCCUGCUGAGUGAGGACGCCAUGGAGUACUCCAAAGAAUUUGUAACAGCUGUGGUUCUGGGCAAAGACCUCGUCCCCAGGAUCGGCCUCUCCCAGCUGGAAGGCUUCCGCAGACAGCUCCUGGAUGUCCUGCAACGAAGCACCAAGCCCAAAUGGCGAAUCAUCGUGGGAGCCACCAAAUGCAUCCCCAAGUCGGAGCUGCCCGAGGAGGUGGAGGUGACCACCCUGGCCAGCACACGGCUCUGGGCCCACCCCAGCGACCUGACCAUCGCCCUGUCAGCCAGCACCCCACUGUACCCACCCGGCCGCAUCAUCCAUGUGGUCCACAACCACCCCGCAGAGCAGUGCUGCUGCUGCGAGCAGGAGGAACCCACGUACUUCGCCAUUUGGGGCGACAACAAGGCCUUCAACGAGGUGAUCAUCUCGCCAGCCAUGCUGCAUGAGCACCUGCCCUACGUGGUCAUGGAGGGGCUCAACAAGGUGCUGGAGAACUACAACAAGGGGAAGACAGCUUUGCUGUCUGCGGCUAAGGUCAUGGUGAGCCCUACCGAGGUGGACCUGACUCCCGAGCUCAUCUUCCAGCAGCAGCCCCUGCCCAUAGGGCCGCCCGUGCCCACCGGCCUCACCCUGGAGCUGCCCACCACCGACCACCGGAACAGCAGCGUCAGGAGCAAGUCUCAGUCUGAGAUGAGCCUGGAGGGCUUCUCGGAGGGGCAGCUGCUGUCCCCAGUGGCUGCGGCUGCAGCGGCCCGCCAGGACCCCGUGGAGCUGCUGCUGCUGUCCACCCAGGAGCGGCUGGCGGCAGAGCUGCAGGCACGGCGGGCGCCACUGGCCACCAUGGAGAGCCUCUCGGACACGGAGUCGCUGUACAGCUUUGACUCCCGCCGAUCCUCGGGCUUCCGCAGCAUCCGCGGCUCGCCCAGCCUCCAUGCCGUGCUGGAGCGCGAUGAGGGCCACCUCUUCUACAUAGACCCGGCCAUCCCUGAGGAAAACCCGUCCCUGAGCUCUCGCACUGAGCUGCUGGCGGCCGACAGCCUGUCCAAGCACUCACAGGACACCCAGCCCCUCGAGGCAGCCCUGGGCAGCGGGGGUGCCACCCCGGAGAGACCCCCCAGUGCGGUGGCCAAUGACCAGGAGGAAGAGGGGGGUGGCAGGCCGGCCUCCCGUGGAGAGCUGGCACUGCACAACGGCCGCCUGGGGGAUUCGCCCAGCCCUCAGGUGCUGGAGUUUGCCGAGUUCAUUGACAGCCUCUUCAACCUGGACAGCAAAAGCAGCUCCUUCCAGGACCUCUACUGCAUGGUGGUACCUGAGAGCCCCACCAGCGACUACGCAGAGGGCCCCAAGUCCCCCAGCCAGCAAGAGAUCCUGCUCCGAGCCCAAUUCGAGCCCAACCUAGUGCCCAAGCCCCCGAGGCGCUUUGCGGGCUCUGCCGACCCCUCCUCUGGCAUCUCGCUGUCGCCCUCCUUCCCGCUCAGCUCCUCAGGCGAGCUCAUGGACCUGACUCCCACGGGGCUCAGCAGCCAGGAGUGCCUGGCAGUGGACAAGAUCCGGACUUCUACCCCCACCAGCCGCGGGGCCAGCCCCGCCAAGCAGGAUGACCUGGUCAUCUCGGCACGCUAGCACCCUGAGUGGCUGCCAGCUGAGGCCUG